AUGUCUAAAGAACAAAAGCUACAAGGAACGGUGGAUCCGCCUUCUGAAAAGAUUGUCCUCGAGUUCAAAUCAAAGAAUGAAACUUCCGAGACUUCUAGCGAAACCACGGCCAUUCAACAGAUUGAGGAUGUUUCAGUUGAAGGGUUCUCAAAUGAUCUCCAAUGGACAGUCGAAGAAGAACGAAAGGUGGUUCACAAGAUCGAUUUUUACCUUUUCAGCUUUUUGCUUCUCACAUCUUUUGUCCUUAAUCUUGACCGUACCAAUAUUGCAAACGCAAUAUCCGAUAAUCUGGCCGGUGACCUUGGUUUUGGUAUUACUGGUAUCAAUACUGGAACGCUCGUCUACUCCUUUGUCUUUACUGUAAUGGCAUUGGGAACAAAUGCAAUUGUAAAGAAAGUUGGUCCUCAUAUCUGGAUUCCAGUCUUGAUGAGCGCUUGGGCUGUAAUUACCUGGGCUCAUGCUUUGAUCCAUAACUUUCAAGGGUUUAUUGCAGUUCGAACACUUAUUGCUAUCACAGAAGGUGGUUUUGUCCCAGCUUCGCUUGUUUAUCUUAACAGAUGGUACAAGACAAAUGAGCUUGCUACAAGACUUGUCUUAUUCUGGGGUGUACAGUCCCUUGCUUCUGCUUUUUCGGGAUUGAUUUCAUUCGGCAUCUUUCGUCUCUCUGGUGUAGCUGGUCUUCCUGGAUGGAAGUGGCUGUUCAUUAUUGAUGGAAUCUUUACUCAAAUUGUUGGAUUCGUUGCAUUCUUUUAUCUACCUGUCAAUGCAUGCAGAACAGCUGGUCUGAUUCGUGGAAAGGGGUGGUUUACGACCCGUGAAAGUGAAAUCGCAGUAACUCGAAUCAUCCGAGAUGAUACUUACAAAAAGGAGCAAUAUGAUGUACUCCAUUGGGAGGAUGUCAAACAGUCUCUUUUCGAUUCAAAGAUGUGGACUCAUUUAAUUAUUACUUUCUCUGGACUUAUGCCCAAUACUCCUAUCGGAACUUAUUUCCCUACUCUCAUCAGAGGCUUUGGAUUCCCUGUAACUACUAGUAACCUUCUCACAGUCCCGGCAUGCUUUAUCGGACUGUUCUUUUCCAUACUUGUCGCAAAGAGUGCUGAGCGACAUGGAAACUAUUCUCUUCAUGCCUUGUUUGGAUGUUUUUGGUCAAUGGCCGGUUUCUUGGCCCUCGAAUUUUUGCCCGAUGAUUCUGGUCGAUGGACAUUCUAUGGCGUCGUUUUGUUCGUUUCCUCUUUCCCAGUGUGGCACGGCAUGCAAAUUGCUUGGAUGUCAUCGAAUCUUGCACCAAUUGGUAAACGUACAAUUGCUCUAGGAGCAGUUGUUGGUGCUGCUAACCUUUGUGGUGUACCUGGAUCUCAGAUUUAUCAGGCUAGCGAUUCUCCUCGUUUUAAGACUGGCAAUUGGAUCAAUUUUGGAUUGACUACACUCGCUGCUGCUCUUUUCAUCUUUCAGUACUUUAGAUACUCUAUUACCAACAAGAGACGUGCUCGUGUGUGGAGUAGUAUGACUACAGAAGAGCGCAAAAUUUACUCUGAGACCACUAAGCACAAGGGCAGCGAUCGUUUAGAUUUCAAAUUCACCCUGUAA